UCAAAUCAAACAAACUCUUGGAAAAAGAAACACUCAAACCAAGCAUGAAGACACAAGGUCAGAGUCUCAUAGGUCACAUAGUAGUUAUAAACUGUCCAGAUCUUCUAGUGCGAGUGGCAGUUACGUACCUAUGCAGGAAUUCAUGGAGCGAAAGGCAAAGGCAGAAGCAGCGAGAGUUCAGAUGGAAUAUGAGAAGAAACAGUUGGAAUUGAAGAAAAUAAAAGCUGAAUUAGUAGAAAAUGAAGUCAAGGUCAAGGCAGAAAUUCAACGUCGACAGUCUGAAAUUCAAGCUAACAUGGAUGUACUAGAUGCGGAAAUGAAUCUGAGUGUGGCCGAAGCUGAACUUAAGGUAUUCGAGGAUGAAUUGGAAAAUUCCAGAAAUACCACUAAACUUCAACUACCAACACUAAUCGAAUGUAACCAAAUUCCAGAUAACAAAAACGAAGUACCUACUCCGGAAGUAGCCCGAUGCUACUCUCAUCUUCAAGAUAUAGCAGAGCUGAUUCCACCAGUGAAUGACAGCGCAAAGACACUUCUAUUAUUGGGACGAGAUAUCAUCAGUGUUCAUCAUGUGGAAGACCAACGCAUUGGAAGCGCCAUCUCUCCAUAUGGGCAGAAACUAAGCCUAGGAUGGGUUAUCAUAGGUGAAACAUGUAUUGGAAAAGCUCAUAAAAGUGACCAAGUAAAUGUGAACAAAACUUUCAUACUUCAUGAUGGACAACCAAGUCUACACCCUCCGUGUGUAAACAAUUUUCACAUUAGAGAAAGUAAUCUUGACUCGUUGUUUUGUGAACCAGACAGUCGUUUAUUCAUUAAAACAAAGGAUGACAACAAAUCAGGGAAGUCAACUGAAGAUCGAGAAUUCGAAACUAUCAUGGCAGCUGGAAUGAUGAAGAACGAACAGGGUAAUUGGGAGGCACCAUUACCAUUUAAACCAGACAGACCACCCCUACCAAACAAUAAAGAACUAGCAAUGAAGAGGGCAAAAUCUCUUGAAAUCAGCCUUAUCAAGGAUGAAGCAAAACGAGAACACUUUCUAACAUUUAUGUCAAACAUACUGGACAAAGGCUUUGCAGAAGAAGUACACAAACUACCCGACUCAGAAGAAUGCUGGUACCUGCCCAUUUUCGGAGUGUAUCAUCCGAAAAAGCCAGCACAAAUCCGAGUGGUCUUCGACUCAUCAGCCCAGUGUCAAGGCCUAUCAUUAAACCAAGUGUUACUUACUGGACCUAACCUGACCAAUGACCUUCUUGGAAUUCUUUUACGUUUUCGUCAAGGACCAGUAGCAGUGACAGUUGACAUUCAGCAAAUGUUUUACGGAUUCUAUGUUCAACCAGAUCAGCGCAAGUAUUUGCGCUUCUUUUGGUAUAAAGAAAACGACAUGAACAAGGGCCUAGUGGAGUACCAGAUGAAGGUACAUGUGUUCGGCAACACAACUUCACCUGCGAUUGCAACUUAUGCACUCAGAAAGACAGUGGAAGAAAGUGACAGUGAUGUGAAAAACUUUGUAGUGAAAAACUUUUAUGUGGACGACGGUUUGUUGUCAACUCAAACAGUUCAGGAAGCAGCGGAUUUGAUAAAGAGAACUCAGAAGGAUUUGGCAGAAAACGGAAACCUGAAACUCCAUAAGAUCACUUCCAACAGCUUGGAACUAAUGAAUCACUUCCCUAACCAAGACCUCUCAAAGGAAAUUCAAGAUCUCAAUUUCACAGAAGAGUACUUACCAUUUCAUCAGAGUCUCGGACUUAAAUGGAACUUACAAACUGACAGUUUCAUGUUCAAUAUACCUUUAGAGACAAAACCGUUUACAAAACGAGGUAUUUUGUCAGUGAUCAACAGCAUAUUUGACCCGAUUGGUUUCAUCGCACCAGUGAAGAUCAAAGGAAAAAUGCUUGUAAGAGAGAUUUCACAAGGAACUACUGGCUGGGAUGAGGAACUUCCCCAGGAGUACAUGAAUCAGUGGAGUGAGUGGACCAGUUCCUUAGACUCAUUGAAGGAUGUUAAGAUUCAGAGAAGCUACACUUCUAAGUUACCUGAAGCUACCAAAACAGAAGUUCACAUAUUUUCCGAUGCCUCGGAAAAGGCUAUUGGAGCUGUCGCCUAUUUGAAAACCUAUUUCUCAGACAACAGAGUGAAUAUUGGAUUCUUGUUGGGAAAGGCGAAGUUAGCUCCCUUGAAGGAACAUUCUCUACCUAGACUGGAGUUAUGCGCAGCUGUAAUGGCAGUAGAAAUUCAUGAAACUGUUCAAGAAUCCCUUGAUAUUAGGCCAGGCAGUGUCAAGUAUUACACAGAUAGCCAAGUGGUUCUAGGCUACAUCAACAAUACCACCAGACGCUUCUACACGUACGUCUCAAAUCGAGUGGACCAAAUUAGGAGUCUCUCAACCCCAUCUGAUUGGAGUUACGUGAACACUAAACAUAACCCGGCUGACCUAGCUACACGCUCAGUUCCCUCCUCAAAGCUUCAGGACAGUAUGUGGUUAAACGGACCAAAGUUCUUACAGAACAGCGAGGAUCAUAUUCAGUACACUACAGUGUUUCGUUUACUAGACCCUGAACCUGACAAAGAGAUUAGACCAGAAGUAGUCGUACAGAAGACACAGUUGAAUGAGUCAACACCAUUGAUCAACAGAUUCACAAAGUUUGGAAGCUGGAUAUCCUUAGUGAGAGCCAUUGCUCGUCUGAAACAGUUUGUCAAGUCAUUCAAGGCAAGAAAAGAGAAGACUCACUCAUCUGAACUAAAGACACUUAAUCCUCAGAUCAUGAAGGAAGCAGAAACAUUCAUUGUCAAGGAAACCCAAAGAAAUUUCUACCCCGAAGACCUGGAUGCCUUGAGGAGAAAAUGUCAGAUGAACAAGAACAGUAACAUAAUACCACUGAAUCCAUUCCUAGACUGUGACGGAACUAUAAGAGUAGGAGGACGUUUGAAAAACGCAUACCUUAGUCAGAACGAGUUGCAUCCCAUUAUCUUACCUGGACGGUCUUAUGUGGCCAAACUCAUAGUCCUGUCAUGCCACGAGAAGGUUUUCCAUCAGGGGAGACAUAUAACAGAAGGCGCUGUUCGAUCAAGUGGAUACUGGAACACAGGAUGUAAACGACUAGUAUCGUCACUCAUCUAUCGAUGCGUUACCUGCAGGAAGUUGCGUUGGAAAGAGCAACAUCAACUCAUGGCCGAUUUACCCAAGGAUCGUCUGAUGGUAGGAGCCCCAUUUUUGAACAUAGGCGUAGAUGUUUUCGGACCUUGGCAAGUGGUUACCCGGAAAACUAGAGGCGGAACCGUGAACAACAAACGCUGGGCAGCUUUAUUUACGUGUUUGUGUACCCGAGCUGUUCACAUAGAGGUAUUGGAGGAAAUGUCAACCUCUUCCUUCAUUAACGCCUUGAAACGGUUCAUUACCAUUAGGGGCAAUGUCAAGAUUAUUCGUUCAGACAGAGGAACCAAUUUUAUCGGGACAGUCAACACACUUCAUCUGAACUGUGUAAAUGUUGAAGAUACAACCGCAAAAUCUUACCUGGAAGAAAAAGGGAUCACCUGGAUCUUCAACUCGCCACACUCUUCUCACAUGGGGGGAGUGUGGGAGCGUAUGAUAAAAACAGCUAGAAGGAUCUUAGAUGCUCUACUUUUGGAUUCUUCAACUAAAAACCUGACCCAUGAAGUCUUAGUAACCUUUCUGGCGGAAGUGUCGGCAAUUAUAAACUCAAGACCAAUCACAGUUAUUUCCACGGACCCAGAAAACCCUAUUAUCCUUUCUCCAGCUUUGUUACUGACACACAAAGAUGACAGUCAAACAGCAACCCAGUUCGAGUCCGAUUCAAAAUUGGACAUGAAAGAUAUCUACAGAGCUCAGUGGAAACGUGUGCAGUGUUUAUCGGAACUGUUCUGGCAGAAAUGGAAGAAGGAUUAUCUCCAUACGCUUCAAACGCGCAGGAAGUGGAAAUCUGUGGUACCAGAUCUUACCGAAGGAAGUAUCGUUUUGCUCAAGGAUAACGAUGUUCCGAGACAAUCGUGGCCGUUAGCCAGGAUUGUGAAGGUUCUACCAAGUGAUGACGGGAGAAUCCGCAAAGUCAUUAUUCGUGUUCAUCGUGACGGAAAGAACAUUGAAUACACCAGACCAAUUUCAGAGCUUGUUCUUUUAGUUAAGAAUUAG